AGCAAUUAUUUGUUGUUCGUUUUCAAUCGGUUCUUCACUCAGCUUGGAAAUUCUUCAUCCAGAUUUGGAAAGGGAAUCUGGACUUUUCGUUUGAUUUUUGAACCCUGAAUAUGUAGUCCUUGAUUCAAAGUUCCAAUAACAUGACCAAGUCGUAUAACUAUUGGUAGUUUGAGAGGGAAACUCGUCGAGUUUGUCAAGCAUGGGCAACAUACAUUGCUGUAUUCUGCCAUCACCUCGCGGCCGUCCUGCGAACACAAAUGAGCCGUAUGGAGGUGUUGCAGAAUCUGGAGAAACGUUAGAACUACCUCAUAUUAGCGACAGAGAAGAUCUCUCCGAUCAUCGUGGAACUCUGUUUAGUCAGAAGUCGAACUCAGGCAAUGGAUUAGUUGUAAUGGGAGGACGACGUGCCAUGUCUAUGAUUGCCGAUUCAAGAAAAAGAAAUGGGGGAGAUGGAAUCAAUGGCAGAGGUUUAAGAAAGUGUAAUUCCUGUUCAACCAUUUUUAUUGAUGAUAGCACAGUUAGUCAACCUAAUCUAAAGUCUACAAUAAAAUGUGUGGCACUAGCUGUGUAUUAUCAUAUCAAAAACAGGGAUGAAGUCAUGAGAAAUAUUGAUAUUUUCGAUGAAAAGAAGCAUCCUCUUACACAUGAUGCGGUACCAGAUAACUACAACAAAAUUGAUCCUGAGCAUCGACAUAUUUACAAAUUUAUUAAAACAUUAUUUCAUGCAGCACAAUUAACUGCAGAAUGCGCUAUUAUUACUCUGGUUUACCUGGAACGGCUGUUGACAUAUGCAGAAAUUACUCUACAUUCAGGAAACUGGAAAAGAAUAUUGUUAGGAGCCAUACUGUUGUCAUCCAAAGUGUGGGAUGACCAAGCUGUAUGGAAUGUUGAUUAUUGUCAGAUAUUGAAAGACGUUACCGUCGAAGAAAUGAAUGAACUCGAACGAUCAUGUCUAGAAUAUUUACAGUUUAAUAUUAACGUGCCUUCAAGUGUAUAUGCCAAGUAUUACUUUGAUCUUAGAUCGCUGGCCGAUGCUAACGAUCUUAGCUUUCCUCUUGAGCCUCUCAGUAAAGAAAAAGCCAAGAAGCUUGAGGCUUUAUCAAGUGUCUGUGACAAUAACCUAGAGGAUGUGGCAUCCAUGUCACUUAAACGAUCUGCAAGUCUUAAUAACCUUACACCGAACAGAAAGAGUUUUGCAAUCAUAUCGUAAAAACAAGAUGCUCCUGGAAUAUUCUCAUAUUCGAGUCAAACGCCACACUCCUUGACCAUUGGCACAAACCGGAUGAAUAUUUCCACAGUUUUUAUAAGGUCAGGACUCAAAUAGAAGCCAGGGGAUGGAAAAUUUAGAAGAGAAAACGUAGGCGCGUAACUUUCCCGCCUUUUUUAUUUAUGAUGCCAAGUAUGACGUCAUAGUGAGGAUCAAGUUGGUCAUUUGGUAAAAGCAGCCGAAAUUCGUCACAUUUCGUCCCAAUUGAGUGUUAUUUGCGUCAAAAAAGGUGGCAACGAUAUAAAUUAUCAUCAAAUGAUGGCCAAGGAAAUAUUAAAAAGUGACAUUUCUACCUCUUUCUUAUCAAUUAUUUUAUAAAUAAAACGAAUUAAGUAUAAUAUAAAUAAUGACUUUAGGAAAAAACGCUGAGACUUGAAUCUAAUGUAGGCAUUUAGAAGACUUAUUUUACUUAGAUUUUAUAAUAGCUAUAGAGUUCUUUAGUGAAUAAUUUAGGAUCAUUUUAUAGAAUACAGUCGUAUAAAGUACAUGCACCUCGCUCUGGCUUGAACAUUGACCUCCUUCGAUAACACGAAAAAGCAGACCAGAUUUCGUCCAAAAGAAGUUUGGGAAGCUUGCCGCACUGGGACACUUGAGUGGCGUCCGCCAUGGACCUAUUACAAAGCCUGAUAGACUAUUAGCCAUUCCCAAGAUUGCCGAAAUAGCCGCCAUCUUGGAAAUAGCCGCCAUCUUGGAAAUAGCCGCCAUCUUGGAAAUAGCCGCCAUC